GGUAACUCUGAUGAUAACUGUCAAAUGUCAUCUAUCGAGUAUCGGCUGAAAACAGAAAUCUGAAAACUAUAAAGCAUUAUAAUAACACGGAAAAUAAAUACAUUAUUUCUCUGAACCAGAUUCUUUGAUCAACAGAUUUUAACUGUUUAUUAGCAUUUAUCAAUUAUCAUUUAUUGAAUAAUAUAUCUAACAAUAAUUAGAAUGUUUCGGACACAGCUUGAAAUGUUGCAACUCUCUUCUAAUAUACUAAAGAACGUAGUUCAAAAUAAAGCCAUGAAAAUAUCUUCACGAUUACAGCAUAAAACAAGAAAAGUAAACGAAAAACUGCAGCCAAAAUUAUCAGCGGAUGUCGUACAAUUUCUAGAUAAGACACCAGAAUAUUGUGAAAUUAAAAAUAAACUGCCAAACUAUCUUUUAAGGAAAUAUAAAGCCCCUGAAAAUAUGUAUUUGAUAAACCGAGGAACUGCCAAAACGAUUGCAGAUACAAUCAAAGACUAUUUGACUGAAGAAUCUCCUAUAGUCGAAGUAAACCCAGGCCUUGGGUUUUUAAGUGAAGAACUAUUAAAAUGUCAAAAUAAUCACAUAUAUAUGUAUGAAAUAUCUCAUCACUUUACUCAAUAUAUAUCUAAUCUACAAGCCCAACAUCCUGAUAGAAUAACAUUUAAGGUUGCAGAUUUUUUUGGAAUGUGGAAACUAGCCUUCAGAGAUAAAAUGGAUCAAGGCAACCGCAUACAGGAAUUGUUGGGGGAUUUAUCUACAGAUAAUAAUACAAGAGUAGUUAAAGUAAUAGGAGCAAUGCCUGGUCUUUCAUUUGUAAAGCAUUUGAUUAAUAAUAUUAUAUUCCAUAACACUACAAAUCAAUUAGGAAUACCUGACUUGUUCAUCACCAUGCCUGGACAUAAUUAUAAGUUUCUUACAGAUGUUGAAGUACAGCUAUCUAAACAGAAGAUAGUGCCUACAUUGUUCCAAUUGCUGUUCAAUUGUAAAGUACUAACAAAUGUACCAAGAUAUCACUUUCUGCCUUGGACAAGCCCAACUGCUGCCAAACAAACCAAUUCAGUUGAUGAAUAUAAUUUAUAUCUAGUAAAUAUCACACAAAAGGAGAAAUUGCCUUGUCCACCUCAAUACUUACCAUUACUGUGGUAUUUCUUUAAACCACACAUGUUUUCAAAAUCCACAAGAGUCAUACCUAUGCUAGAGCAAUGGAUACCAGGUUGCGGGGUGCGACUUAUUACAGGACAGGAUCCAUCAGAUACAAAUAAACUUUUGUUGCCUGAUGAAAAUGAUGCUCAGUUACCCCACAUGACAAUUUUCACUCAAUUUGGGGACUUGAAUUUAAAUCAGAAAAUAACCGUUUUUAAAAGAUUCAUAUCGUGGCCAGAAUUUGAACAGUGCCAGUUCAGGAUAACAAUGGAAAACAAUUUGCCAAGAUUUGUUACCGAGCUUCAGAGUGACGAUAAAGACUCCAUUCCAACUCAUAUUGAUGAUUUGGACCAUUCUGAUGUAGAAAGCGAUUUGUCCGACUUUGAUAAAUAAUAAAACACAGUUUUAAUAUAA